CUAUAUGUUUUUAUAUAGAAAUGGUUAAUAUGGUAAAAAAAAAAAAUAUAGCAUAUAUUAAACAAAAGAAAAAUAUAUAAAACUUUUUGCAACUUUAUACUCAUCCCAGUUGCUAACAUGCGGUGAUGACGGUUCAGGUAUUUAAAGGUUUUUGUUUCAUCUCAGUCCUAAAUUACAGCUGCUUGCUCGUCUCAGCUGUUCUGUUCAGGGUCUGGAAUCAUUUUAGGAUUAUAAUCAAUAAAAACAGCAUUUGGUUUUCAGUUUAGAUAAAAUCACAAUAUCAUCCUCUUAAACAUUAUCUUUAACUUUUUGUAACUGUUCUCAUGUCAUCUUUUUAUCAAACAUUUUUGCAUUUUUUUUACUAAAACUAAUUUGCAUUGGAGAUUAGAAUAAUUUUAGUUGCAGAAAGUGGAAGAAGAGACUUGAAGAAGAAGUUGAGAAGUUUUGUUGUUGAACUAAAUCUGUGCUAACAGACCAUGUUGUGACCAAGGCUGGGCUGAGAGUUAGCAGAUAAACCGACUCAGGACUAAAAUCACAUCCUGGAUGCAGGUAGGAAAUGAUGCUGUCCAUCUGAGCUGAUGUUCCUCAUGUUCCUCUGGUCUCGUGUGGAUUUUUAUUAAAUUAUUCAAGAAUCUCUAACUCUCUGUCUGUUACGCCUCUCAGUGAAGGAGGAUUUCCCUGCUUGGUGUCCGAAUUGUAACGUUACAUCAGGUGUUAGUGCAGCGGCCUCCAAACAUGCAGCACAGAGGAAAGCUGUUGUCCUCUGGUGACCUUUUGACCUGCAGCCAUCAGCGUCUGUGUGGGACGGAUCUAAAACCUGAGACAUGACUUUAUGUCCUGAUUCUUUAACCAAACCUGAAGUCUGGACCUGGAACAGGUCUCCAGAUCUCUUUUAGCUCAUAAGGUUUGUUCUGAGGUCUGAUCUUUGACCCAGUCUCUCAGUGUCUGUAAUCUGCAGCCCGCUGAUCUAAACGCCUCCUUUCUGAAUCCAGUUGUGCCAAAUUGGAUCCGAUUAGUUUGGAGAGAGAACAGACCAGUGAGCAAGACUUUCACAAUUUAGUUUCUCCAAAUCAGAUUGUCCACUUAUCCUCCAACAGGAAGAGCUGAGAUCUUCUCAUCUGACGGGGAACAGGGCGCACAGCAUCACAGGUCCUCCACCGUACUUAACAGUAAACAUCAAGUGCUUCUUUGUCAUAUUCAUCCAUUGUUUCCCCUAGAAUGCUUGAAGCUGAAAAAUUCAAUCCAAACAGAUGUCUAUUUCCUAGAUUCCUGUAGUAAACAGCUUUUUUCCCUUUAUUUAUGCCAGUUACAAAACCUCAACAGCUGUCAUACAAGCUAAUAUUAAUAAAAUCCAGCUUGUUCUCCAGUUGUUGUGCGUUAUGGAGGCUUAGUCUUAAGCCGGCAGCCUAAAUCGGCUCUGGGAGAGGCGGUCGGUCCAUGGAGGCGCAUAAAGACGCUGCUGAGGCGAAAAUCCAAGAGAAAAGAGAGACUAUGAGAAGAAAGAAGACUCCUUCUUUGUCUCACUGCUGCUUUUCAUUUCAGUGACUAACCAACAGAAACAGGUAGGAGGAUUUUUAUUAUAUCAAAUUUAAACGCUUGUCAUGUGUCACCAUUUUUUUUAUUUCAACUGAAAGAGUGAAUAUAUGAACUAUUUAGAGUCAAUGCUGAAUGUAAAGAGGGAGGGAGAAACUAAAUAUUCUGCAACAAAAUAUUGUCAAACUAACAUAAGGAUGGUAAAAAAAUGAAUAAAAAUAUAGAAAAACUUAUUUAAAGCUGCAGUUUCUUCAGUUGGAGGACUGUUUAUCUAUAUGUACAAAUUAUAUUCACAGCUCAUAAAUUACAAUGUUUUAAAUGAACUUUAGAGUUAUCAGUAUUUAUCUCAGUGUUUGGUCUCCUUCCAAUCAAACUUUUUUUUUUUACUAUAAUUUAUCUAAAAUAAUAUAAAAACAUGCAAUUAAUAAUGUAGUUUUGUCCAAAUUAAGAUAUGAAAUAUAUUUAAACUCAUCUCCUACAAUUACAUCAACAGAUGCAUUCAUGGCAUGUGAAACAGGACAGUAAGGUCGUCUCCAGGGUGGUUGAUGGUUUGAAUCCGGUCUCUCUGUGAUGCAGUCAGUAGGAUGAACUCCACAGCAGCAGCAGCAGCAGCAGCAGCUGGACGCACCAAGUCGACUCCACCAGAGCUGGAGCAGAAGGAGAGCCGGCAGUUCAAGAGCAAAGCUCCCCAACGAGGACAGAAAGGAGUCAACAGCCACGACCCAGCCAUGCAAAGUCUGGAUGACGCUGCAGUGGUUUGUCCCUGGGAGGAAUACGGAGACGUGGAGCUGAGCGAACUGGCCCAGUUUGGAACCGUUUAGCCCUGAGGAAGACUUCCUGCUGUUCCUGUUCCCCCUUCAUCCUGAGGAUGAGGAGCAGAAACAUCACAGAUCUACAAGCAUAAUAAUAAAACAUGAAGAUGCAUUCAUGGACUUACAUAUGAACAGAAAUGUUUAUGAUUAUCUGUUUACUCUUCAGAGCCUUACAAGUUCCUGAUAGUUGAUGCAGCUGCUUCCAAUAAAAAUAUAAUAUAUAAUAUAAUAUUAUAUUAUAAUCUGUCUGUUUGCAGCGGAUUAUUAAAAUCUGUUGAAUAUAUUGAAUAAAAUAGAGAAACUAACUCUGCAUUUAAUUUUCUCAUUCAUUCUGCUGUAUUUCACACAAAACCACUAAUAUUUCUCCAAGUUUGUAAUUUUAAAUAAAAUUAUUUUAGUCCUUGA